AUGACUGAACCCUACUACGGCCCACCCGACCACGACCUCGACAUCUCUGACAUCGAAUUCAACCCCCCACCAACAACCCCGAUCACCCCCAAGUCAGCACACCCUCAAGACGAACCCCAAUGGCCUCUAACCAACCAUGACCUCGACACCCUGGCGCGGUACCUCGCCGACAAACAACACCAUUACCACGCUCAGCAGCAUCUUUCCGUCUUGCAGCAGGCUAUCACAGGGUUACAAGAGACACAUCACUCGCUCCGGGGCGAGGUGGAAGGGCUGUUACGCGUGGCGUGUGAGAUAUUUUGUGAGGUGCAGAGUGCGAGGGUUUUACAGAUGCAAUACAAUAAUAACACCCAUUCAAUUACGCCCCAGCCUGAUAGCCGCCGGCUUAAUGGGCUCCAGCUCAACACUCAUCAGCUCCAGUCCGAGACGCAGGCUCAAAGUCCGAUAGCCCAAACCCAUGGUUGGAACCAGACCCAAGAUUGGGACCAGACCCAAGAUUGGGACCGAAGCUGGAAUCACACCGGCGGCCAAACCGGAGGCGACGCCAUGUAUGGGAUACGGCGGGAAAAACGACUACGAUUGUGGCAGCGGCAGCGACAGCGGCGACGGGAGUGUGGAGGUUGCAGAGUGGUGCGUAAGGUUCCGUGA